AUGCCUACUACUGCUAUGUUCUAUAAUCUUCGUAGGAGUAUUUCGUUGGGAUUAUUCAAAAACAAAGAUGAUGAAUAUCAUCCGCAAAUCGAAGAAGAACUAGAAGCAAAGAGAAGAGCUCAAAAAAUACGCGAGAAAGAACGAUCACGUUCGGAAGCCGCCAAACUUCGUUCCGCUCUUGCCACUGAUCCACACAUCCACAAGAACAAAAGUUCAAAGAAGGGCGAACACCACGAGCACAAGCAUUACGAAAAGAAAAGUCAUCCGAGUUAUAGUUCGCUUGACAACGCUACGACACCAUCCACCUUUCAUCGAUCAGCACCCGUAUGUCGAAAAUUACGUGAUAGUCCGAAACAUGUGAUGUAG